CUUUAACGCAUAGACAGACCUAGAUUUCGCAAAGCAUUGAGGGAGUAUACUCAGUAUACCUACCUUAUGAUUAUCUGUUUUGAUGCGCAGUACGACACACAAAAUUCCAUAUGUGCGUGCAACAAGAGGAACGUCGUAGCUGUAGCCAUACCGAGGCAAAGGUCAUUUGGGCCACAAUUAAUGCUAUGCGAACUGUCAGACAAUAUCACAAUAUCGCAACUGAAUGCUACGUCAUCUACAUUCGUACGUCGUCAUAGAAAUAAAACAUAUUUUGCUUCAUUCCAGAUCCUUGGGGCAACAACAUCGUUUUUUGUAUUGUGAAGCAUAGUUCCAUCAUUGUUCCCAAAAUGAGUGCCCUGCGAAAGCGCACGGACAAGGAGCAUGCCCAGUUGAGGUUGAGCAUUAAUGAUGACAGCUACAUCUUGGAUGACAUUCCUGCAGAUGUGCUCAACUCAAAAAGGAAAAUAAGCAAAUCUGAUAUAGACUACAUCUGCAACGAGGUUCUGGACUGGGAAGAGUUGGCGAGACUUCUGCCAGAAGAGCCAAUAUCAACGGAAGAGCUUCGCGAAAUCAAGCAAGGUCACCACCGCGACCGCAGAAGCAGUGCACGAGACGUGCUCAUGUUAUGGAGACAGAAAUGUCACGAGAGUGCCACAGUGGGGAGUCUAGCAGAAUCUCUCCACCUUCUGGGCUACAGCCAAGUGGCUAUGGCACUAAAACCCUGAAGCUUCUUCUCUGAGGGACCACCCAUUCUUUAUCCUCCUUGCAAAACUGAAAUGUCCAUAAAAGGUACAGUGCUUUUGCAGAAACACACUAAAAGUUCCUUUUAUGUUGCAUUGUUGGCACAUUUAUAGUCAUUAUACAACACACAUUUCACAAACGUGCACUAUGGGAAUUAAAUACUUCUCAGACCCUUUGAGUUUGUGAAUAAAGGAUGUGCGAUUUUCACAGUAGGAAUCGUUUCAAGCGGGCUAUCUAUAUACAUGCAAAUAUCACUAAUAUAUCACUAUAAUAUUUUCAUAUGAUGCAACACUCCAAAGAUGUACUAGUUCUAUGAAGCUUUCUGCAACUGACAUUAACACAGAGAAAAUUAAAUGUUGUGAACUCUGUAGUGUACACGAAAGGACCAAGUGAAGCCUCCUCUAACAGUGGUGAGAAGCUUUCAUAUGUGUAAGCUAUUGCACACUAUACAUUGUUAACCACACUUUCAAUAUAACUAUGUACCAAGGCACAUGAGCAGGCAUAACAGGAGUGGCAAUCUUGUUAUUGUGCAUCUCGUCUGCCUUCCACGAGCUCAAGGGAAUUGUUACCUACUGCUAUUUUGUGGAUGACAGCUUGUGCUGUGUAUUUGUUGGCAUCAUGAAGCCCCUAUUUUGCCAAAACUGUCCAAGGUUUCUAUUCUUCAGAAAAUGUUGUACCACAGUCCGUUGGUUCUACUGAAAAAUGUGUAAUGUGUCGCAUACUAGUUUUAUUUCAGCACACUAGGCAGCUUCAUUUUGUGAAAAGUGCCUUUGUUUAUGCUUUGCAGAAAAAAUAAAAAAUAAAUAAAAACUUGUAUACACCA